AUGGGCACCGUCACUCCCGCCGAUCCGCACUCGUCCUUCCUCGCCGACAAGGGCGCCAGGGUCUUCGUGGCGGGCCACCGCGGGCUGGUGGGCUCGGCCAUCCUGCGCCGCCUCCUCUCCCUCGGCUUCACCGACGUGGUCGUCCGCACGCACGCCGAGCUCGACCUCACCCGCCAGGCCGCCGUCGAGGCCUUCUUCGCCGCCGAGCGGCCGCGCUACGUCGUGCUCGCCGCCGCCAAGGUCGGCGGCAUCCACGCCAACUCCACCUUCCCCGCCGACUUCAUCGCCGCCAACCUCCAGAUCCAGACCAACGUCGUCGACGCCGCGCUCCGCUGCGGCUCCGUCCGCAAGCUCCUCUUCCUCGGCUCCUCCUGCAUCUACCCAAAGUUCGCGCCGCAGCCCAUCCCGGAGGGCUCCCUCCUCUCCGGCCCGCUCGAGCCCACCAACGAGUGGUACGCCGUCGCCAAGAUCGCCGGCAUCAAGAUGUGCCAGGCCUACCGCAUCCAGCACGGCCUCGACGCCGUCUCCGCCAUGCCCACCAACCUCUACGGCCCCCAGGACAACUUCCACCCGGAGAACUCGCACGUCCUGCCCGCGCUCAUCCGCCGCUUCCACGAGGCCAAGGCCACCAAUGCCCCCGAGGUCGUCGUGUGGGGAUCUGGCUCCCCGCUCCGUGAAUUCUUGCAUGUCGAUGACCUUGCCGAUGCGGUGAUCUUCUUGAUGGACCAGUACUCUGGGCUGGAACAUGUGAAUGUGGGGAGUGGAAGCGAGGUUACCAUCAAGGAGCUCGCCGAGCUGGUCAAGGAGGUGGUUGGAUUCCAGGGGAAGCUAGUAUGGGACUCGACCAAGCCGGAUGGCACGCCGAGGAAGCUCAUGGAUAGCUCCAAGAUACAUGGGAUGGGGUGGAAGCCCAAGGUUCCCCUCAAGGAGGGGCUUGUCGAGACAUACAAAGUGGUGUGUGGAGAAUGUCAUCGCCGAGAAGAAGUAAUAUGGUGGUAUCAUGUUCUCCAUUGCCUCUUAUAG